CGUCCGGUGCAGACAGACGCCCAGUGCUGAGCUGAGUUGCUGCUGCUGAAAUGACAUUCGGGCCGGAGUAGCCGAGCAGCCUUACCGACUGCUGCCAUUGAUUAGAAAACUGAUAUUUAUAUCCAGCAGCGAGGCUGAAUCCCCGGCCGGCAACCGACUGAAACAAUCACAAUGGCGUCGGGCAGCGUCAACCCGUUUAACGUCAGCGACUCGGAGGAGGAAGCGGAGCCGCAGAGGAGCGACGAGCGCAGCCCCGGCGCCGAGGCUCCAGCAGGCCGGAGCCCAGGCCCCUUCUCCCCGCAGGCGGAUCAGGAGCCCGGCGCGCUGCCCUUCCCCAACAGCCGGAUCAGCCCCAGCGCGGACAGCGCCCAGGGCCUGUCCGUGGUCGGGGUGGCAGGGCUGGGGGGCGGCGGAGCGGAGCCCCGGGUGUCUGUGGACGCCAUCGCGGCUCAGUUACUCCGGGACCAGUACAUCCUCACCGCCCUGGAGCUGCACACCGAGCUCCUGGAGGCUGGACGGGAGCUGCCCAGGCUGAGGGAUUACUUCUCCAACCCCGGCAACUUCGAGCGGCAGAGCGGCACUCCGCCCGCCGGGAAAGAGCCCGGACUCGGUCCUGGAGGAGCCCUGACUGUGCAGGUACAGGAUAAAAAGAGAAGACUAACCGACGCUGUUCAUUUGAUGGACCGGGCCGGCAGUAUCAGCACCCUGGACUCUCUGGAUUUCACACGCUACUCUGAUGACGGGAACAGAGAGUCGGACGAGCGGGUGGCAGUUUUGGAGUUUGAACUACGGAAAGCCAAGGAGACCAUUCAGGCUCUGCGCACCAACCUGACUCAGGCUGCAGAAUGUGAAAUUCCCUCCCAGGAGCGCAAAAACUACAAAUCCAGUCCUGAAAUUCAGGAACCCAUCCGCCCUCUUGAGAAACGAGCCUUAAAUUUUUUAGUGAAUGAAUAUUUAUUAAAAAAUGAAUACAAACUGUCGUCCAUCACCUUCUCAGAUGAAAACGAUGAUCAGGAUUUUGAGUUGUGGGAUGACGUCGGCCUAAACAUUCCAAAGCCCCCGGACCUGCUGCAGCUCUACAGAAACUGCGGCAGCAGCAGCCAUCCGUCUCAUAGAGAAACAGCGGACGCAGCAGUGGGUGUGGACGCUAGCGACCUGCCUGGGGACUACAUUGCCCAGGAGGCUGUGCAAAAAACAGAGACCAUACAGCAGAAGGAGGUGGUGCAGGAGCUGGAGUAUCAGAUCAGUUUGCUAAAUAGUGAAAAACAGAGUCUGGCUGAACAGAUAAGGAAAUUACAGAGUGAGAUCCAGGAUCUCCAGAGGAAUGUAUCGUCUCCUUUAAAAGCUUCAGUGGAGUGUGGGGACACUAAAACUGGGCUCCAGUGCGAGAGGAGUCUGGAUAAUGGGCAGUAUCUGGACAUACGGGGGGUCACAGAGACAGACUCUGCUACGGAACCUAACUCAAACACUACCACCAGCACUAACACUUCUACUGCUACUGCUACUGACCACACUGCUGAAAACUCAUCGCCAUCCACACAACCGCACAGCAAAUUUAAAAGCCCCCGCCAGCACAGCAAAGGGCCUGUGAAGUUCGACCAGCCCAACAGACAACUGUCUCCGGCCUUCCACCAAGCACUUUUGUCCUUCUGUCGAAUGUCUGCUGACAGCAGGCUUGGCUCAGAGGUGUCCCGUAUCGCGGACAGUGAGGAGAGUGUGAUGCUGAUGCUGGGCCGCUGUCUCCCUCACAUCGUCCCUAACGUCCUGCUGGCCAAGCGUGAGGAGCUCAUUCCCCUCAUCUUGUGCACUGCCUGCCUCCACCCUGAGCCCAAAGAGAGAGACCAGCUGCUGCACAUUCUCUUCAACCUUAUCAAGAGACCUGACGACGAGCAGAGGCAAAUGAUCCUUAUGGGUUGUGUGGCUUUCGCUCGACAUGUGGGUCCAACACGGGUGGAGGUGGAACUCUUACCACAGUGCUGGGAACAGAUAAACCACAAGUACCCAGAGAGGAGGCUGCUGGUGGCAGAGUCUUGUGGAGCGCUGGCCCCCUACCUAACCAAGGAGAUCCGCAGCUCUCUGGUGCUGUCAAUGCUGCAGCAGAUGCUGGCAGAGGAUAAAGCUGACAUGGUGCGAGAGGCAGUGGUCAAGAGUCUGGGCAUCAUAAUGGGCUAUAUUGACGAUCCAGACAAAUACUCCCAGGGAUUCGAGCUGAUGCUCCUGUCUCUGGGAGAUCUGUCUGAAAGAGUCGUUGUUGCGACUCAUCAAGUGUUUAUUCCUGCCUUCGCUGCGUGGACGGUAGAGCUGGGAAACCUGCAGGCUCAGCUCAUUCCCUCACUGCUCAGCCGCAUAGAAAAACUACUGCAGCAGGGAGAGCAUAGUUUAGAUGAACACAAGCUGCACACGUUCCUCUCAGCUCUGCAGUCUCUGAUCCCCCCUCUCUUCGCCCUGGUGCUGCAGAACGCCCCUUUCACCAGCCGAGCUAAACUACAGAGCGACAUCACUCCCAUCGAGGUGACCCGGUUCCCGCGGCCUGCCUCCCCGCUGCAGGACGUGGCCACCAUCAUAGGCAGCCGGGAGCAGCUGGCUGUCCUGCUGCAGCUUUAUGAACACCAGCUCCAGCACGAGGGCACCACCGGCUGGGAUAGCCUGCUGUGGGUGGUCAACCAGCUUCUUCCUCAGCUCAUAGAAAUCGUCGGCCGUAUCAAUGUUGCCUCCACCACCUGCGUGCAUGAAUUCUCCAGAUUCUUCUGGAGGUUGUGCCGAACGUUUGGCAAGACGUUUACCAACACCAAGGUGAAGCCUCAAUUCCAAGAAAUCCUGCGGUUAUCCGAGGAGAACGUGGAUGCCAGUGCUGGUAAUGGCAUUUUGACCAAGGCCACGGUACCCAUCUAUGCAACCGGGGUGCUGACAUGCUACAACCAGGAGGAAGACCGCAAGUUAUUGGUGGGCUUCUUGGAGGACGUUAUGACCACUCUAUCUCUUUCCCAUGCUCCUCUCGACAGUCUGAAAGCUUCAUUUGUGGAGCUGGGGGCUAACCCAGCGUACCACGAGCUGCUGCUGACCGUGCUGUGGUAUGGCGUGGUUCACACGUCAGCCCUUGUCCGCUGCACUGCUGCACGCAUGUUCGAGCUGAUCCAACGAGGCAUGAGCGAAGCCUUAAUUGACAAGCGGGUCGCCCCGGCCCUUAUUACCUUGUGCAGUGGUCCUGAAUUCUCAGUGAGGAUAUCCACUAUUCCUGCCUUUGGGACCAUUAUGGAGACUGUAACACAAAGAGAGUUGUUGGAGAGAGUGAAAAUGCAGCUGGCCUCUUUUCUGGAAGACCCCCAGUAUCAGGACCAGCAUUCAUUGCACAUGGAAAUUAUAAAGACCUUUGGGAGAGUCGGGCCCAAUGCUGAGCCCAGAUUUAGAGAUGAAUUUGUCCUUCCUCAUUUGCACAAGCUGGCUCUGGGCAACAACAUGCAGACGGCGGAAAACAAACGCAUGGACAUAGCCAGCCAACUUUUUGAAGCCUACAGUGCUCUGUCCUGCUGCUUUAUUUCUGAAGAGAUAAUGGUCAAUCAUUUUCUUCCUGGUCUGCGGUGCCUGAGAACAGACAUGGAGCAUCUUUCUCCGGAACAUGAGGUUAUUCUCAGCUCCAUGAUUAAGGAGUGUGAGCUGAAGGUGGAAAACCGGGCCAUUGGAGAGGCACAAGGGUCCAUGUCCAUUGCGGCAAGUUUAGUGGGUGAAGACGCAAAGACCAAGUUUCUGAGUAAGAUGGGUCAGCUGACCACCUCAGGUGCCAUGCUGGCCAAUGUUUUCCAGAGAAAGAAGUGAGGAGUGCUGCUGGGGAAGUUUCCCAUGACCCUCUGCUGUCUGGGGCCUUCUACUUGAAGUCAAUUGUCUGCCUUUAUCGCGUUUGUUUCAUUUGUUUGUUUUUUUUUUUUUUGAUAGACUCUGUUUUAUAUCUUAUUUAAGUCUUAAUUGUUUAUUCUGACUUCCAAAGAAAAUGCACUUUUUGUUCUGUUUUGAAGAUUGUUUUAUUUCAGAGUCUUAUUUACAUCACUACACUUUUUGAUAGUUUUUUUUUGUUUUGUUUCAUUUUGUUUCGUUUUGAAAAUGUGAAAUUUAUGAGGAAACAAAAAAAAAAGAACUAAUGAUUCCUUCAUUGUCUUGCCCUCUUUAUGUGUUGCAGUGUCUCUGGAAGCUGUUUUCUAUACGUGUGUAAUUUACUCUGUUUCCUUUCUUUUGGAUAGGCUGAAACAGUAAAUAACUGUACAAUACACUGAAGAAGAAGAAAAUACCUGUAACAUGUAUAUUGGAAAUUGGUGUCAUAAUAAAAAAGGCGAAGAACAAUGUGUUCUUAUAUAUAA